AUGGCGGACGACGAUUUGGAAGGGUGAGUGACAAUGACAUUCCAAAUCAGCGAAUCUUGAGAUCUUUUCCGCGGUGAUUCCCUUGUACAUAACUAAUUACCGAAUUCACGUUUUGACGCAUUUUAAACAUCGAUCAAAGUCAUUUCUUGUGGUAGUGGUUGAUAAUAGCGGAAACGAAGCAAUCGUUGUCCAAUUUACUUUCUAACAGCAAAAGUCGCGAUGGAGAACUUUCUCGAUUUUCUUCUAGGUAUGACGAUGACCUCGAUGAGGUUGAAGAAGAAGACCACUUUGAACAUGAAGAUGACUUAGAGGUAAGCUUUCUAGCCAUUGUUUUCUGAAUAAGUUAAUUUAGUGGAUCUACCAUAAUUUUGACAACGCACGUGUAAUUUCGGUUACAUGUGAGUCAAACAACACUUACUGAUUAUCAGAAUCAAGCAGGUGGAAAUUUUUAGUUUAAUAUAGUAACGAUAUUAUUAGAGCGGAUAUUGAUGGUAUUUUUCCCGACAAUGUAGAAUGACGUCCCAGUUUGAAGGCACUUACAUUUCUUUCAAACUCAGAAAACCAUCGUGUCUGGAAUAAUAAUGUGUCAUGACCAAUCAUAUGUGAGAUCAGGAUAUGUAAGCAAAAUUAAAUACUAGAGCACAAACUAAUCAGCGUUUACUGCGUGAGGUUGAGAUUUCUCACACCUGACUGAUAGCUGGCUGCCAUGUUUUCUUGGAUAGAUCAAAUUUUACAAAGUAACAUUUGGUCUGAAGUUCAUAAUUUUCUGAGUUUCACUGUAAUCAAGAGUGGUAAAAGACUUCUUUAUAACUAUUUUCCUUUCCUGGUGGAGGUUGUAUCUAAUAUCCUAUUGUGUUUUUUUCAGCCAACAGAAGACACAGAUAAUAUUGACAUUUUGCCCACAACAGGUAUGGUUUGCAGUAAUUUUUGAACAGUAUUCUAUAAAAUCUCAGUUAAAUAAGGUAAUCCAUGAGAACAAAACCAAAAACUCCAGAAGUUGUGGCCACUUGGUCUCAAAGAUUUAACCAUGUUAAUUAUAAGACACAGGAUGAAGAAAUGUUUCUUGCAUUUCAUUUUAUUAAAGUAGGGAAGUUGCAUGAUCCUUCAAAGUUGCUACUACAACCCUUAUAAGUGAACAUUUAUCAGUGAAUAUUGAAUAAUAUUUAAUAACAGUUUCUGAACAUUUUCAUGGCUUUAAUGUGAUUUUAAUUCCCUCUUUUUAUGUCAAUUUGCAGAAGAAAGCCAAGAACCAACAAAAAGAAUCACAACACCAUAUAUGACAAAAUAUGAGAGAGCAAGAGUAUUAGGAACUAGAGCACUACAGAUAAGGUACUUGACCCUUUAACUCUCAGAAGUGAUUAACAUAAAACUUCUCCCUAUAAUAUCCAUACAUUCUUCAGCAAACAGGUAAUGAGAAUAUUCAAACUUCACAAGUUGAAGCUGCUAUUUUGAUCCAGCAUUAACUUCUCAUAACUAAUUUACAAGGAAAUGUGUAGCAGCUACAGGGGAGAAUCAACAAUCAGAUCUUGAUAGUUAAAAGGUUGACCAGAGUAUUUAAGCUAAAGCUUACAGCGUAAGUAGUUUAACAGCCAGUACAAAGUUGCCUCAGCAAUGUAAUCCAAAGAGAGCUUUUAACAUCUCUACUUAGAUCUCUUUUUUGUGAGAGUUGAUGUGUGCUAAACCAGAAUAAACUUCCACAUGGAAAUCAAGGGUUACUUAUCCAUAGUGGGCAGCAUAGCCAAUGGGAUUGCAGCGUAUGUGAUAUAAUGCAUGCAGAUUUACAAUAUUAUUCAUUAGACUAUAUGAUAACUGAACCUGGAAAAAUAAUUGCAGGAGCACAUCAGUUACAGAAGUUGUAGGCCUCUUAAUUCUUUUUCGAUAUUAUUUCAGAGCAACAAACAUCCCCAUUAUUAUUCAGCAAUAUCUUCCAGACAAUUUAAAGCCACAAAGACUGGGCGAUAGAUGA